AUGGUCCGACAAACCGGAAACCCCAACUACACCACGGCGGACGUCGGCCGCCUCUUGCUGCUGAUCGAGAACGAGCUUCCGCUCGGACGAGACGAGUGGGAGCGUCUAGCGGCGUCGUACAACGCCAACAGACCUCGCGGUGCCCCUGAGCGAGACUUUGAAAGCCUCCGCCGCAAAUUCAAAGUGCUCUACAGCACCAGGAAGCCGACUGGCACGCCUAACAUGCCGCCGCACGUCAAGAAGGCCAAGGAGGUGAAGCUGGCGAUCGACGAGAAGGCCAACGUCAUCGAGAUGGAUGACGAGGCCGACGAAGAUCGCCCCAUCGAGCCCGACUUCUGCUUCGAA